AUGCCGGAUGAAUCAGGACAGUUGAGUGAGCCUGAUGAUAACGCGACACCACCUCCAGAUGGUGGGUACGGAUGGGUGUGUUUGGCUUGCUGCUUCGUAAUCAACUGUUUCACCUGGGGCGUUGUAGCCUCUUAUGGUGUCUAUCUGUCGUAUUAUCUCACAAUCAACGCCUUCCCUGAAGCUCGACCUCUAGAAUACGCCUUCAUCGGCGGUCUGAACUUCGGAAUCGCAAUGCUUUCGGCUCCCUUGAUCACGCACCUGGCUCGAUCCUACGGCAUCAGGUUACCCAUGUUGGCGGGGGCAGCCUUGUUUGGAGGAGGUUUCAUUGCAGCGUCUUAUGCUUCUCGUAUCUGGCAUCUCUACCUCUCGCAAGGUGCCCUGGUCGGCUUAGGUGUCGGCUUCGUCUACGUACCCAGCAUCGCGGUUUUGUCGCAAUGGUUUGCGAAAAGGAGGAGUCUUGCCAAUGGGAUUAGUGCGGCAGGUUCAGGAAUCGGUGGGUUGAUCUUCUCGUUCGCUGGUGGUGCCUUGAUAGAACAUCUCGGGAUUGGAUGGGCAUUGAGAAUCACCGGAGCUACGGCGCUGUUGGCAAAUCUCCUUGCCGCAAUCCUCAUCCGCGACCGCAACGGUAUCAUUCGACCAAAACAGCACCCAUUCGACUCGCGCCUCGCGUCGCGUACGGAUGUUCUUUUGCUCCUUUCAUGGGCCUUCUUCAGCAUGAUAGGGUACAUUCCUCUACUUUACUCGCUCUCGGACUUCUCGAUCUCCAUCGGAUUGUCUAGGACACAGGCAACACAGGUGACAGCCUUUUUGAACAUGGGCACUGCGAUCGGACGACCCUUUAUUGGCGUUGCAAGCGACCGCUUUGGCCGCUUUGGAGUUGCGACUAGUCUGACUUUCCUCUGUGGGCUCUCAUGUCUUGUUAUCUGGGUACCGGCCACCACGUUCGGAUUAACAACGUUCUUUGGAGUUCUCAGUGGAGCAAUAUUAGGAGUGUUCUGGAUGGUACGCAUCAUUCCAGGAACCCAAAAUUCCACUUUCAGGUGUUCUGCUGACUUACUAGACUAUCGCGCCACUUUGCGUUGA